AUGCACGCCGCCAUCGUCAACGCCUGGGGCUCUCCCCCAACCUACACCACAGUCCCAGACCUCCCAGCACCCUCACAAUCCCAGAUCCGCCUCCGCGUCCUCGCAGCCGGCAUCCACCGCCUCGUCCUCUCCCGCGCCUCCGGGAAGCACUACACCUCCACCACCCUGCCUCACCACCCCGGCGUCGACGGCGUCGGCGAAGACCCGACAACAGGCCAGCGGUACUAUUUCGCCUCCCUCCAGUUCGGCUCAUUUUCAGAAUUCGUCAACAUCGAGCGACACUUCGUCGCCAAGCUGCCUGACAAUGCGGACCCGGUCACGGCCGCAGCGUUCAUGAACCCGAUCAUGAGCAGCUGGAUGGCCAUCUCCGCGCGCGCAGCACCGCAAAAGCCCGGGUUCACCGUCGCCAUUCUCGGAGCGACGAGCGCCAGCGGGCGGGUCGCCGUCGAUGUUGUGAGGUCAAAGGGCGCGGGCAGGGUGAUUGGGAUCGCGAGAAACGAGGCCGCGCUGGCGGAGAUGCCGCUUGACGAGAGGAUUGUGUUGAAGCCCGAGACGGACUGGUCUAAGCUGGGCGAGUUCGACGUCGUUUUGGACUAUGUGUACGGCGACGCGGCCGCGGGGAUGUUGAAGGCGUUGCCCAAGUCGGAGAGGGAGGUGCAAUACAUCCACAUCGGCUCUGUGUCGCGGGAUGAGACGAUGCUGCUGCCCGGGGCGAUUCUGAGGGGGAAGAGGGUCGCGUUAAGGGGGGCAGGGCCUGGAAGCUGGACGAUGGAGGAGUAUGCGAAGGAGCUUGGGGGUAUGGUUGAGAUUGCGGCCAAGUUGGAGAGGAAGGGUGUCACGGUGGAGGCGUUUAAGGAUGUUGAGUCGGCAUGGGGGAAGGCGCGGGUUGGCGGGGAUCGGAUUGUAUUUGUGAGCGAUGAUAUUGCCAAAAGCGCCUGA